CUGUGCACUUCUCACCGCCUCCACUACUCCUGGUUCCAGCCACCAGCAUCUCUUCAUGGAUCAUUGCUAAAACCUCCGAGUGGCUUCUCAGUUUCAGCCUGGGUGCCUGAAGAAGCCAGAGUGACUCUUUGGAAAUCCACUUCCUCUUCUCUCGUGGAGGUGGGGCUCCCCUUCUCUCUGGGGAGCAGAGUCCCGGACCUCCCGGCACAGGCAUUUGGACAGAGCCAUCUCCGCAGCCUCCACGAUGCCCAGAUGUGCCUCCCAGCCUCACCCUCCCGGGCCUUCCCUGCUGCUGACUCUGCUGCUGCUCCUCACAGGAGCGGCAGGACAGGAGGAGGAGGAGCUGCGGGUGACUCAGCCUGACAAGUCAGUGUCGGUCAAAGCCGGGGAGUCGGUCACCCUGCGUUGCAGCCUGUCCUCUCUGCGGCCCCUUGGGGAUGUCAAGUGGUUCAGGGGGGCUGAGCCAGGCCGGGAAUUAAUCUACGAAUUCAAAGGAGGCCACUUCCCCGGAGUAAAAACUGUUACAGACCAAACAAAGGCAGACAACCUGGACUUUUCCAUCCACAUCAGUAGUAUCACCCCGUCUGACACCGGCACCUACUACUGUGUGAAGUUCCAGAAACGGACCCCAGACACGGAGUACAAGUCUGGUCCCGGCACCCGGGUGUCCGUGAGUGCCAAACCCUCUCCCCCUGUGGUCUCGAGCUCCCCAGCAAGGACCACGACUGGGCAGACCGUGACCUUCACCUGCAAGUCCCACGGCUUCUCCCCCAGGAAUGUCACCUUGACAUGGUUCAAAAAUGGGAACCAGCUCCCAGCCCUGCAGACCACCGUGGUGCCCCCGGACGACAGCGUCUCCUACAACAUCUCCAGCAGAACCGAGGUGCAGCUGAGCCCAGGGGAUGUCCGCUCCCAGGUCAUCUGCAACGUGGCCCACGACACCUUGCGGAGCCCUCUCCGUGGGACGGCCAACCUGUCAGAGUCCAUCCGAGUUCCACCCACCUUGAAGAUGGUGCAACACCCUGUGCCAGGGAACCAGGUGAACGUCACCUGCCAGGUGGAGAGGUUCUACCCCCAGAAAGCACAGCUGACCUGGCUGGAGAAUGGAAACGUCCGAACAGAAACAGCCCCGAACCCCGUGGAGAACAAGGAUGGGACCUAUAACCUGACAAGCUGGCUCCUGGUGGACUCGUCUGCCCACAGGGAGGACGUGGUGCUCACCUGCCAGGUGGAGCAUGACGGACAGCCGGCGGUCAGCACACAGCAGACCCUGCAGGGCUCUGCCCACCAGAAGGACCUGGCUCCAGAAACACCACCUGGCCCAGAGAGCUAUACGACACUAACUCUGCUGCUAACCUACAAGGUGCUGCUGGCUGUGGGUGCCUCUGCCGUCUAUGUCCACAGGAAGCUGAGGGCCUGACUGGAACCUUCAGGCUCUACUGCCUCCUCCCAGCCUGAGAGAUGUCGCUGCCUGGGAGCAUCUGCAGACUCUGCUCCAGGACCUCCCCUCCUGGACACAUUCUCCUGUUGCUCCUUCUCACUGUCCUUGAUGCCUUAGGGCCAGGUUGUGGGACCUGGUCUAGGAACUGACUCACUGCCCUUCCCCAGAAUGUGAGAGACAAGUUGAUUCUCCUAAACACAUCAAGAUAUCUCUUAUCCAUCACCUUGGACUUGUCCAGAAACCACUUCCUGAUGUCCAUGCUCUUGAGAGCUAUUCUCAUCUUGUGAAUUUCUGCCCACCCCUGCCUCCCCAGGCUUGCUGAGCUUCUCUGUUGCCCCGAAUAUAAAUGAAUACCCAUCCCUGGAUAAAAAAGGAGAAGUGUUCUCCUCUCCCUCUUUGCCUAAGUGUCCAGCUCCUGAAACCCAGCAGUUGUCCCUUCCUCUCCCUGUGAUGGAAACACUGGUUCUUCUAUCACCCUGCGUCUUGCCCAACCCUGUUGCUCAUGGGACAAAUUCAAUGACAGUCCAAAAGCCUUGGAGUCAUCUUUACUUUCCUCUUGAUUUUCUAGUCCAUAUUCAAAUCUGCCUUCAAAAUGCUUGUAUCCAUUUGUAAAUAUUUUUACAGUCAUUGGUAAAUGUUUAACAGCUGACUCUCAAAAGGGGGAAAAACAGCCUGAUUUGCCAAAUGUGCCAAUUUCAGUGGUGUACAUACUCCCAAAGUGGGGAAGUUUCAAGCUACCAACAGUUUAACAAGCAGGAUUGCAAGAUUCCUGAAAAUUUAACAAUUGGCUCUCAUGAGCUGGUACAAGCUGGCUCCAGCCCACCACUGAGUUAUACCCAGAAGCUGUGCACUUCUCACCUCCUCCACUACUCCUGGUCCCAGCCUCCAUCGUCUCUUCGUGGAUCAUUGCUAAA